ACAAAAUACAAAAAAACCAAAACAAGUUGUUUUAAAAGUUGGUAACUUUUUGUUUACCUUACCACCAAUGGCUUCAGAGCAAGCAAGAAGAAAAGAUGACAACAUUAUUGAUACUAAACAUCAUCAAAUCCAAAUCAAGAAAACAAGAGACCCCAAAAGGGGUGGUGUCACUGAUGCUGUCAAAGUACAAAUUGGAAGUGAUUUUCACCUUACUGGUCCUGGUGCAAUUCAUGUCACAAAUGCUGAAGAGAGGCCAAAGAGUGUCAAGUUUAAAGUACAUAGACAGAGAAACAAUGAUACUGAUAAUGUCAAAGAAUCAACAAGUCAUGGACUUGAUUCAACAGGAUCUUAUACAAUAGCAAAAGGUGAACAAGCCAAAGACAGAAUGACACAUGGUGUUCAAAGUGGAUAUGAUGACUAUGUUGUUGAUAAGGCUGGAUCUGCUAAAAACACAGCCCUCAAGAAGAGCCAGCAAGGUUACUCUCCAACUAAAGAUACCCUUUCAAGCACAGGACAAAAUGUAGUUCAAUCAGCACAACAUGCUAAAGAUUAUACCUUGCAAAAGGCAGGGGAGACUAAAGAUUAUGCUAAAAACACAGCACUUGACAAGGGUCAACAAGCUUCUGCUGCUACUACAGACACCCUUUCAAGAACAGGACAAACUGCAGCUCAAUCAGCAAAGAAGGCUAAAGAUUAUGCCAAGGACACAGUUCUUGAAAAGGGUCAGCAAGCUUAUGCAGCUACUACAGACACCCUUUCAAGCAAAGGACAAACUGCAGUUAAAUCAGCAAAGAAUGCUAAAGACACAACUUUUGAGAAGGGUCAGCAAGAUUAUGCUGCUACUACAGACACCCUUUCAAGCAAAGGACAAACUGCAGUUCAAUCAGCAAAGAAUGCUAAAGACACAACUUUUGAGAAGGGUCAGCAAGCUUAUGCUGCUACUACAGACACCCUUUCAAGUGCUGGACAAAGUGCACCUCAAUCAGCAAAGAAGGCUAAAGAUUAUGCUAAGGACAUAGUUCUUGAUAAGGGUCAGAAAGCUUAUGCUGCUACUGCAGACACCCUUUCAAGUGCUGGACAAAGUGCACCUCAAUCAGCAAAGAAGGCUAAAGAUUAUGCUAAGGACACAGUUCUUGAUAAGGGUCAGCAAGCUUAUGCUGCUACUACAGACACCCUUUCAAGUGCUGGACAAACUGCAGAACAAUCUGCAAAGAAGGCUAAAGACACAACCCUUGAGAAGGGUCAGCAAGCUUAUGCUGCUACUACAGAUACCCUUUCAAAUGCUGGACAAACUGCAGCUCAAUCUGCAAAGAAUGCUAAAAACACAGCCCUUGAGAAGGGUCAGCAAGCUUAUGCUGCAACUACUGAUACCCUUUCAAGAGCUGGACAAAGUACAGUUCAAUCAACAAAGAAUGCAGCAGGUUAUGUUGGGGAAAAAGCAGCACAAGCGAAAGACGUCACGUUAGAAACAGGCAAAGGAGCAUUAGGAUAUGCAGGGGAAGUAGCUGAAACUGUGAAGGACAAAGAUGCAGUGGCUGGUUGGGGAGCUGCACAUUAUACAGCAGAGAAAGCUGCAGAGGCAACAAAAACUAUGGUUGGUGUUGCUUCUAAUGUUGCAGGGUACACCGGGGAAAAGGUAGUGGCCACCAAGGAUGCAGUUGCUGGCGCUGGAAUGAAUGCUGUUGGGUAUGCAGAGAACAAGCUGGCUGAUGCAAAGGAGUAUGUAGUUUCAACUGAAGAAAAUGCAGCAGAGUAUUAUGCUAAGAAGAGAGAUGAAGCUGAGAGGGAACUAGAAGCUAAAAGAUCAUAUGACUUCAAGGGAGAAAUUGGAAGUGGAUUUAUAAGUGAGAAAAAGCAAGAAACAAAGUGGGAAGAAGAAGGAAGUGAAGAUUUUCAAGAAUUCGAAUCAGGAGGAGGAGAGGAAAACAAGCAGCUGCAACAGAAGCAUGGAGGAGGAGGAGGGCUGUUGAAAGCCAUUGGUGAAACUAUAGUAGAGAUAGGCAAGACAGCCACAGAUCUUAUAGCUGGACAUGGACAUAGACAUGAAGAAUCAGUUGGCAUGGAAAAGAAAGAAGAUCAGUCACAAACAAAAUAAUUUGGGGCAUUUUGAGUACAUCUUAAUAGUUUUCUGUAAGGUGUAUUGAGCUCUUUCUUUUCCCGAUCCUCUGUCAACGCGCGAUACUUUGUUCA